CCAUUAGAGGCAGAGAGAAGAAACAGGAUCUGCGUAGCCAGAGGAGGAGCCGGCAAUGGAUCCCAAACACCAGCGUGUGGAACUAAACGAUGGCCACUUUAUUCCUGUCCUGGGAUUUGGCACCUAUGCACCUCCAGAGGUCCCUAAGAGUAGGGCCGUGGAAGUCACUAAAUAUGCAAUAGAAGCUGGGUUCCGCCAUAUUGAUUCUGCUCAUUUGUAUGAAAAUGAAGAGCAGGUUGGACUGGCCAUCCGCAGCAAGAUUGCAGAUGGCUCUGUGAAGAGAGAGGACAUAUUCUACACAUCAAAGCUUUGGUCCACUUUCCAUCGACCAGAGUUGGUCCGACCAGCCUUGGAAAGGUCCCUGAAAAAACUUCAGCUGGACUAUGUUGACCUGUACCUUAUUCAUUCUCCAGUGUCUUUCAAGCCAGGUGAGGAAAAUAUCCCAACAGGUGAAGAUGGAAAAAUAUUAUAUGACACGGUGGAUCUCUGUGCCACAUGGGAGGCUCUGGAGAAGUGUAAGGACGCAGGAUUGGCCAAGUCCAUUGGGGUGUCCAACUUUAACCGCAGGCAGCUGGAGAAGAUCCUGAACAAGCCAGGACUCAAGUACAAGCCUGUCUGCAACCAGGUGGAAUGUCAUCCUUAUCUCAACCAGAGCAAACUGCUGGAUUUUUGCAAGUCUAAAGACAUUGUUCUGGUUGCCUACAGUGCUCUGGGAACCCAGCGAGAUAAGCGAUGGGUGGACCCGAGCUCCCCAGCUCUCCUGGAAGAUCCAGUUCUUUGUGCCCUGGCCAAAAAGCACAAGCGAACUCCAGCCCUGGUGGCCCUGCGCUACCAGCUGCAGCGUGGGGUUGUGGUCCUGGCCAAGAGCUACAAUGAGCAGCGGAUCAGAGAGAACAUGCAGGUUUUCGAAUUCCAGUUGACUGCAGAGGACAUGAAAGUACUAGAUGGCCUAAACAGAAAUCUACGCUAUUUCAACUCAGAUAUUCUUUCUGACCACCCUAAUUACCCAUUUUCGGAUGAAUAUUAACGUGGAGCCUUUGCACAACUUCUACCAGAAGCGGCUGCUGUGGAGUGGAUGUGGAAGAUCCGCCUCAGGUCAGUGAGUUUUCACUGGACCUUUAGAACAAGAGCCUUCAUCCCUACACACCUCUAAAAAGUUCCUUUGUUUUUUCAUAAGUGCUUUCUAUCCCCCCGCCUUUCCCUUACUAAAUUAGGCAUCUAGACCCCCAAAUUUUAAACACCCUUUGGGUUAGUCAUCUCCGAGUGCUCCCUUGCGAAUGCACAAUGCAUGUGUUAAUAAACUUCUCUUUGUUUUUCUCCUGAU